AUGACCACCCAGCAAUCGGAAGGCGCGCUUCUCAACGAGAUGCUCCUCCAUCCCACACUGCCAUUAGAGAAGGACAGCCGAAAUGGCACCUUGGAGGUGAAUGGCCACACUUCUCCUCACCCCGAAAGCGAUUCUGAGCGCCCAUUGAAGCCCAGCGCCGACACACCUGAUGCUGCCGUUAGCGACAAAAUCAUCCAAAACCAAGAUGCUUUUUCCGCAAACAAAGCUCUGACGGACGAAGCAAAAGACGGCAAUCAGUUGACGGAUAAGAGCGCCAACUUGGCGCAAGACCCCGCCGGUGAUCCGACGUUGGAAAUGGAAGUUGUGGUUGGGCCAGCGGAUACCGACAUGCCUGAUGCGCCCGUUGAUUCAGAGCCAGACAAGAAAGCAGCGGAGCAGACAACGCCGAAGUUGCAGCCCCAAACGGAGUCCGAAGUUCAACCGAAAGACGAGCACGAGUCGCCUGUCCAAACAUCCGACCAGAUUGCGCCAGCGAAUGAAACUGAGCAGGAACCGGCGGCCGACUCUUCCUUCCACAACCCCGACUCUUCAUUCCGCGGCGACAAGAAAGACGUGGAAAUGCAGGACGCGCAGGAGCGCGCCGAACCUUCGGCUACCGCAGAUGCCGCAGACAGCACCCAGCAGACGGUACUGAACGAUGUUCCUGCCACCCCGUCCGGGGAUGCAAUAAACUCCACCAUUGACGCAUUGCCGGGCACGAUCGCCUCGCCUACACUUACUCCUCCUGCGCCUGCCACUGCUGCUACGAGCAUGUCGGGGGACGCCCAACCGUCUGCCAAGGUUUCACGUGAGCGAGAUACUGAUAGUGAGGACGAACCGGUCGCGAAGCGGACGAAGGUCGGACACACAGAAGAUGAGGUGGAGGUUAAGACUGGCCCGUCUCAGGACCGCAUGAAUGUGGACCAGGAGGCUGGAACGGGCUUGGCAUCCCUGUAUCACGACAACGGAGAGCCGAAGCUUCUCAACGACGAAACACUCAACAACAACCCGAUGACGGAGUGGCAGAACAAGCAAAUCCGACAGGUACUUGCAGGGGUCAAAAAGACGAAAGCAGGAGCAAAUUUCCGAUUGCCUGUCGAACAACUCUGGCCGGGCCUGUGGCAAGAGUAUUCGGCGAGGGUUGCCAACCCAAUCGAUAUUUCCUCAAUGGAGAAGCGAUUACGUGGCGACGAACCUGGGUACGCGACCCUUGGUGAUUUCAAGCGCGAUCUCGACCUCCUUGUGCAGAACUCGAUUACUUUCAAUGGCGAGGUUCACGAGGUGACAAGUUCUGCGAAAGCGUGCCGGGAAGCCAUCAUCACCAGAAUGGGAAUGUACCCAGCGGUUGAGCCUGCCAAGCCGGAAAAGAAGGAGUCUGUCAAACAGCACACGACUCGGCAUGUCGAGCCUCGGUCGGCCGCGACACCCACUGCCUCGGCGGUGCCUCGUCGGCCCUCAAAGGGCGCCGCCUCCAGCCCGCCCCAGAAGCUGGCUGUGGAAUCCCCCGCGUUUGCCAUACCGGCGAACAACAAUGGAGUGCCGCUGAUUCGGCGGGACUCUAGCAAACCUGACAGCCGCGCGAAGCGGCCAGUGAAGCCCGUGCACCCCAAGGACCUGGUCUACGAUACCAAGCGGAAGAAGAAGUUGCCUCUUGAGCUUCGCUUCUGCGAUGAGGUGCUCACCGAGCUCAGGAAGCAGAAGCACUACGACAUCAAUGCUGCUUUCACGCAACCGGUCGAUCCCGUCGCUCUGAACAUUCCGUCAUAUCAUAAGGUGAUAAAAAAGCCGAUGGACCUCCAGACGAUGGCCAACAAGAUGAGCGCGGGCGAGUACACGAAUGUCAAGGAGUUUGAGAAAGAUUUUGAUCUCAUCAUAAAGAACUGCAGGACCUUCAACGGCGAAGACCACAUCGUCUACGACCAGGCAUUGAAGCUACAGAACCUGUUUCGGGCUGAGAUGGCAAAGAAGGAUGAGUGGAUGGCGAAGCACGCCCCAGCUGCCCAAACCGCGGCUAGCCCGCAUUUGAAGGAGGAAUCGGACGAUGAGGACGCUGAUUCGGACGCUGAGCCUGAGCAGGAUGAAGAGCGCAAGGCGUUGCAGCACCGCUUGGCUACGAUCCAAAAGCGGCUCGGGGAGGAGCAGAAGAAGAUUAAUGACAUGGUCCUCUCCGGAACAGCAGAGGUUGCCGACGUCGAGAUUGCGCAAUCAGUAGUCGCCAUGCUUCAGGUGCAGCUCAUGCAGGAGAGAGCCAAGUUGACGGCUCUACCAGCUAAGAAGCCCGGGAAAUCAAAGUCCUCCAAGUCUAAGAAAUCUGGUGGCGGCGCAGCCAAUGCUGGAAAGAAAGCUUCUGUUGCUGGUGCCGCGGGAGCUCCUAAGAAGAGCAGUACUAAGAAGGCUGCUCCUAAAAGGACGAUAGGUCCGCUGGAGAAGGAGAUGAUCGCCGAGAAACUGAGCGAUCUUAACUCACCCCAUCUUGAGAGGGCCAUUGAUAUUAUCAAGAAGGACACUGGCGCGGGUGAGAACGACUCUGGCGAGUUGGAGCUAGAUAUCGAGAUUCUCUCGGAGGAUGCUCUCGUCAAGCUCUACGACAUUGUCGCCAAGGCCUUCCCUAAGCUCCGCGCCGAGAAGGAGAAGGCACUUGCGGCUCUUAACCCUCCAUCGUCUGACCCACCGGCUGCAAAGUCCAGUACCACAUCCAAAUCGAAGAAGAACAAACCGAUGAGCAAGCUUGAGCAGGAACGACGGAUCCAGCAGCUGAACGAGCUGAGAGCUCAGGCCGGCCCCGGUCGCCAAGGCUCCGGCAGCCAGGAGCCAAUGGAGUCCAUCGAGGGCAACGGCAACGACGCCGCCACGCAGCCUGAGCAUGAGAGCGAGGACGAGGUGAGCUCUGAAGAAGAAUAG